AUGAACGUGAUCCUUAUCUCGUUGCGUUGUUUCGUUCUUCUUCACGCUGAGGCUUACCCUGUGUUCAAAAUCACUGAUUUCACAAAGAUGAAUCGUGAAAAGUUGAUGAAGAUGGCCGGUUCAGUUCGAACUGGUGGAAAGGGUACCGUCAGAAGAAAGAAGAAGGCUGUCCACAAGACAACAACUACAGAUGAUAAAAGGCUUCAGAGCACCCUGAAGAGAAUUGGGGUGAAUGCCAUCCCUCAAAUUGAGGAGGUCAAUAUCUUUAAGGAUGACGUUGUCAUCCAGUUCUCAAACCCCAAAGUUCAAGCAUCCAUUGCUGCUAAUACAUGGGUUGUUAGUGGUGCUCCUCAAACCAAGAAGUUGCAAGACAUUCUUCCUAGCAUUAUCCACCAAUUAGGGCCUGAUAAUUUGGAAAACCUGAAGAAGAUAGCUGAGCAGUUCAAUAAGCAGGUUCCUGAAGCAGGUGCUGGCGCAGCCACAGCGCAAGAAGAGAAUGAUGAUGAUGUUCCAGAGCUUGUCCCUGGAGAAACUUUUGAGACAGCUGCUGAGGAGGCUAAGGAUAGUUAG